ACUUCUACUUAUGUGUUUCUUGGAUCCUUUUCACGCGGUGCGGAUAUCAUCAAGAUGUUCACAGCAAACGCUAAGAUAAUAAAAAGUGGUGGAGUUGAACCUGAUGCGUUCGAAGCUAGCAUUUCCCAAGCUCUGCUAGAGCUGGAAUUGAACAGUGAUUUAAAAUCACAAUUAAGGGAACUUUAUAUUACUAAAGCACGUGAAAUAGAAACUAACAACAAAAAGUGCAUCAUUAUAUAUGUGCCUAUGCCAAAGUUAAAGGCAUUUCAAAAAAUUCAGACCAGGCUUGUACGUGAAUUAGAGAAAAAAUUUUCUGGAAAACAUGUUAUGUUUGUUGGAGAACGUAAAAUUUUACCUAAACCAACAAGAAAAACACGUACUAAAAAUAAACAAAAGAGGCCAAGA